AUGGUGCGCUUUGGUGUCCUCAAUGCGAAGCAAUGGUUUUCCCACGUAUCGGGAGGCCCGAUGAGAGGUUCUGAUGAGGACAAGAACUUCAAUAUUCUCGUCUCUCGCGUGGCGUGUAUCGCUAAAUUACAGCAUAAGAGCAUUGGCUACUCUGGACCCUUGAGCCGGCAGCUACUCUGCUACCGAUCGUUGGUUUCGGAAGUCCGUGUCACAUUAAGGAAUCUGAUUGAAGUCGUUUUGACGGGUCUUCUACUCAGCGGAGAUGCUGACAGGGAUCGCGAUGACUGGACCGGAUUGAGCGUCAAAUUGCCCUUUAUCGACGACAAUGACUGCGGCCUGGGUAUCGCCGUCCGCACAUACCUCGAUGACUUGCCCCUGCAGGCCGACCCGACAUCGCCAGAGGCACGGGCUGAAGUGAAGUCGAAGGGCAAGGAAUGGUUCCAACACAGCGAUAGCUUUACAGGUAAUUUGGAUUUGGCUUUCAAACUUUGGGAUGCGGUCUACAAAGGAACACAGCACGCAGGAAGAGAAUUCAAGGACGGUAAACUAUUUGGAGACGCCAACAGCUGGUUGACCGAGAGGCGGUGA